UAAAAAAAUAACUAAAAUAUUUAUAGAAACAUAUUUCUAGAUUUUUUUUUCGAAUGAAUGUUUGUGGGCAUCAAAAAACCUCCAAAUUUAAUUGGUUUUAACUCAGAUCAACACUAAAAGAUUUUUUGCAUGUUAUACACACAUAUGUGCAAACAUGAUCGAUAUAUUAUCAUUGCCGCGCCGCAACAAUGUGACCAGCCAGUUGAACACCAAACUGCCCAGCUAUAAGACUGGGCUGCCCAUCAACAGUCUGCCUGGUUGGGAGUUGAUACCGCUUAACUGCAAGUUACCCAUGCUUAAGUGUCCGGGUAAUCAGGUGAUAUUCUCAAAGGAUAAAAUCGGAAACACGUUUAAAUGUAGCAUGCAGGAAUUUGAUUCAUCUGUAACAAUACACAUUCCAGAAUAUAAUCCACUGCACGAUUCAAAUUUGAAGACUUUCUAUUCAAACGAACGGAAUUUGAAACGUCUGCGUGAGAAUGGGGAAAUUACUGAUGAGAACGAGGUUAUUUGUAAUCUAAAGGAUUUUAAUCAAUAUCGCGAAGAUCUGCACAAGUCGCAGCUAUACUAUGUGCUCCAGGCGUAUAGACAACGCGAGGCAGAGCGACAUGAUCGUCUCUUGAUUGCCAAUGCGGAGACCAUAUCGAGGCGAGAUAAUUUGCAAUCGGGUCUCCGGCAUCAGAGUCAGGAGGAGGUUAUGUUGCGCAAACAACGCCUGGAUAAUGAGCGGCACGAGCGCAAGCUGCGUCUGUACAACAUAACCGAGGAGAAAUUUAAAAGGAUGGAGAGCAUGACGGCCAUGCAGCAAAUGUUGCUGGAGCAUCGCAAGAUGUUGACAAAUAUGCGGGUGCAGGCGCACAUUAGCCUGCAUCAGGAUCUGCAGCGCAAGCAUCUGAUCAAGCUGAAGAAGUUGUUCCAGUUCAAGAAGGAUCGCUACAACAAGAAUAUGCGCAAUCUGCACAAACAGCGGCUAAUGAAGCACACCGAGGGUCAAAUCCAAUCCUGGCACAAGCGCCUCAACGAACGCAUCGCCAAUCAGCGGCGCAUCGAGCUGCUGCUGAUGGAGGUGCAACAGGAACGGGAAUAUUUCAUAGAGAGUCACAAGGAGAAGUACCGUGCGAAAUGGCUGGCCAUACAAAAGCAGAUCAAGGACCGCUCCCGUCAGAUAAGCCAAGCGCGCAAGCCCAAGCGCCACAAGAAGAAGAGCAGGAAGAUCGUUAAACGCGUACAGCCCACAUUCUGUGAUGAAUACCAGGCCAGCUUUGAUGGCCUCCUGGAUAGCCAACUGUGCUAUGCUCUGAAUGCGGCCAUUGCCCUUGAUGGACACUCGCCGCUGACCUUUGCCCCAGACGAUCCCAUUUAUAAGGCCGCCCAAUAUAUACUCAAUCACAUAUUGCUCGGCUUCAAUAUAGAUCUCAGCGAGGAUGAGUGUGCACUCAGCGUUUUGACCAGUCGCAUCAUGAACUUUAUAUGCGAUGCUAAGAAAUAUGUUAACUAUAAAGCGAUACAGAUAAUUGGCUUUGCGCGAGAUAACAAGGCCAUGGAGCUGCCGCCGUCGCCGGUGAGGUCUGGACUCUCGCCGAAAAAUCAUUCGCGCGUGUCGCAUGUAUCCUUCAGCGGAGUUGCCUGCACCAUCGGCAUGGGCAGCUAUGAGAUACAUCCGUUUGUCGACGUUCGGCCCUGCUCGGAACGUCGACCAACGCCGGCGGGCUCGCUCACAUCGCUGGUGGUUAGCCAGAUUGGCGAGCAAGUGAUACAGGAGAAGAUGCGACUGCCGCACAUGAAUCGCAAUGAGAUCGUCUUCAUUGAACACUAUUUGGUCAAAUUCAAGCGGGAGCUGCUCGUGGGCCUGGACAAGCAGGUGUUUGCGGCCAUACAGUGUCACUAUGAGAAUCGCAUAAUGGAGGUGCGCGAGGAGCUCUUAGAGCUGGACAAGGACUUUUUGUACAAUCAAAUUGCCGUUGGCAUACUAAGCUUCGCCGUAAAUCCGCUCAACUAUGAGACGGCCCUGAUGCUGGCCGUGAGCGUGGUGGCCAAUGAAAUAAUUUGGGGCCUGCAGCAGACGCUGCUCAAGCCGGGCAUUGAGCCGCGGGGCAUGACCCAUCCGACCAGCUGUGGCACCGAUCGCGAACGCGAGCAGCGCGCCUUCUGUGCAAGCUAGUUGGCGCCCACGCACAAUACACCCACAAUAUACCCAUUCCCGGUCAUUCCACAUGUAUGAGCACAAUCUACAGGUCUAGUCGUGUGUGUAGGGCACAAAUUUAAUGUAAACAAAUACAUGUAAUCUACUUACUUUGUGC